GAGCAGUUCUACAUACCGAAUCAUUACGCGCUUCGUUGUGCCAACUAUUUUAUUCAAGCAACUCUUUGUGAAGUCUAUAUUCCGCAGCCCCAUCCUCCAACACCUAUUGGCGGUCCUGGAAAAUCUACCUUGUCUAUAACUCGAAUCCCCCUCCUACCACCUCUAUGUUGAGCCUUUUUGAAGACUAGGCAUCGAUACUAGUUGGUCUUUCUUUCACCUCAAGCGUUCAAAUCAUCGUUGCAGGCCAUUAAUAGAUGGCAGGCCCCUACCGCUCUAUUUUACCCAUGCCCAGGCCUAAUGAACACCUGGGCAAUCCUAUGGCAGAAACAUCACAAAAGAGGCAUACCAUCUCACUUGCGUGUCAACGCUGCCGGCAGAAAAAGGUCAAAUGUGAUGGACGGCGUCCUCACUGCGAAGCUUGUUCCACAAAAGAAGCAGAGUGUCAUUACAACGACGACCCAGAGAAUACCACACAUGCACACCUGAUACGGGAUUUCCGCCGACUCGAACAGCAGCAGAAGGAGCUUCUCGAGGUGUUUGACAUGCUGAAGACCCGCCCGCAGGCGGAGGCAGACGUCAUAUACCAACACCUAAGGCUCUCGAACAACAUAACUUCACUCUUAUCAUUAUUCAAUAAGAGGGAUCCUGCUCCGCAAAUAUAUAUAAGCUCCACCUCCACGACCAACCCAAGACAAUUGGAUUCACAACAUAGCACAACGACGAACACCACCGAUUAGACAGUCAUGCAUAUGAUAUGAGUCUCUACGAAAGGAUUCCUGGGCGGCAGGAGACUGUCUUGAACUCCGAGUAAAACAUGCGCAGAGUGAACAGCACGAACUCACAGCAAAUAACAACCUGGUCUGAGGAUACUUUGGAUUCAAUUGACAACUAAAGAGCCAUUUACCAGCUAAUACCGGCUUCGAACGAUGGAAGUUUCCUCGGAUCCGAGAUAAGUGGCCUACACGGUGCCUGUCGAUUGAGCUCUCUCAGUCGACCUUUGACGAACUUGUUAUCAUCACAACCCAUCUAGGUCUGACCAUGGGCUUGAGCGCAAAUCACUCUGCAACACUUAUAAAGUAGGUGAUGAUAUGAUAGGCGAUGCACGCCGCCUGCGGUAAGCGUCAAGGCAGAAGAAUCCACACCUUCAUCUGUUAAAGCCUUGGCAAGAUUGGCAUGGGCGUAUCCUUCUCGAUAUUCUUUCGAGUUAUUCGAUGACAAUCUGUUUCGUCAUCGUCUUCACCCACAUCAGCGUUCGCCAGCUUGUGUAUAUGUACCACGGGGCUGCUAGCCAUCCUUUUCAUAUAGACGGCGAGGUCGCGUGUGUGACGAGCCUAUCAUUGUGCAACAUUUGGUCAGUAGAGCUAUAGUAAUGAUGACUUGAGGUGGGGCUUAAGCGCUGAAGAAGGAAGUUGACCUCUGUUUAGUUAUGAAUAUCAAACGCUUAUAUUCUGUGGAACAUGCCUGAAUGAGCCCGACGAAUUAUGAAGCGAGAUUUAUUCGGGUCGAAUGCCGAUUCGAUGUUCCAAGGUUUGGCACUUGGAAGGAUUGGCAGGUGAG